AUCGGUGGAUCUGGAGGGCGAUAGCCUGAGACGCAGCUCCUCCCGCACGACCUGUGUGUGUGUGUUGUCUGUGUGUUGUCUGUGUGAGCCACCACCACCAUCACCACCAUCGCCGCGUCUUCACACCUCAAGAGAACUUGCCAGGGAACGCGUGAGCCUCGCUCGCUUACAAGCGUGCUCGCCACCCACCCCCCACCCCCCCGUUACGCGUGGCCACAGGGUCGGAGCGGCUCACGAAGUUGACUUUCGUGAAAGGAAUUAAACGACACACGUCAGCUGGAGCCCCCGUCGUCGUAGAAAGCCGGACCGCUGCGUUGAUUUUCCACACGCGGACGAUCCGCUUUCGGUUUGGAAGGCCGCAGCGUGCCGAUUUGACGUCGGCGGAUUUGUCGAAAUCGAAGGAGAAAAGGUUUCAGGAAGAACCGGUCACCGCAGUCCGUCGCGACUCAUCUCUGCCCGCGACAUUUGUCAUUCGGCAAGCGAGGGAAGUCCGCGAGAUGCCUGGGCGUUGGCGUGGAGCCGUACGACAUGUCCACGGAGAGGACCACCGUUGAGACUUGCGCGCUUCAGAUCCGGAGCGUUCGCACCCACGCUGGUGGUGGCAGCCUUGGCUGCACGUGAUAACGGAACCGGCGUUCUGUAAUCGGCUCGUUGCACGAUCGUACACCGCCCUCUCCGCGUGCGUGCGACGGUUUAACUGGGCCGUGGUUGUGCUCUCGAGAGAGGUGCACAGCACGGAGCACCCACAGUGGGACAGGUGGCAGCCCGCUGCAAAACUCGAACACAGACCCAGGCGUCUCGCGUCAGCGUGGCGUCAAGAGGGUCCGUGUAUCCGUCACCAGCGGCCGUGCUGAUCCUACUUACACCAAGCACCUGCUGGUGCGGCAGAGGUAGCUGCUGUCAGUGAGUGGCCAUGUUAACGAUAAACCUUAAUAAUAAAAUCAUUCGGGGGAGGGGGGGGGGACACUGAAUAAAGUUGCUACAAUUAGUAUCAGGAUACGGCUCACCAAACUCCAACACUAGCUGAAGAAAUACAGGUCCUACUACGCCAAGUUAAAUUGUCAGACUUAAUGAUUAUCUUUAGCUCUCAAUUGGCUUUGAACAAACGCGGUCGAAUGCGGCGUGACAAACGGAUUUAACUGGAGGGGUUCUGAAGCUCUCUGCUGGGUCUGCCGUGCCUUGAUAAAAACAAAACGUAAAUCAUAACAAGAAGCGUAUAUAUAUUUAUUUCGUAGAAUUUUAUUUUUCUCAUCGAGCCUGCACGAAAGGCCACCGCCGUCGGCUUCAUGAACAGCGCCGCCGAGUGGAAGCCGGCGUUGCCACGCUCGCCCGACGAGCGAUGAAGAGGCGGAGGUCGCCGCUCAGGAUGUCCCUGGCGGCGGCGCACCUAGCCUGGUUCGCGACGGCUCUGCCGCUGCCACUGCUGCUCCUGCUGCUGCCGCUGCUGCUGCCGCCGGUUCGCGUCGCCUGCCAGGACCCGGCAGGCGCCGGCGUGGGCGCCGGGAGGCCCCCAGGGCGGUACGACGCGGCGGCCCUCGGCGGCCUCGGGGUGGCGCGCGCCGAGGACGACGCGCUGGAGCUGUCCUCCGGCGUUGGCGUGCGGCGCUGCGAACCCAUCCGUGCGGCGCUCUGCCAGGGCCUGGGCUACAACGCGACGCGCGUGCCCAACCCCCUGGGGCACGAGAGCCAGGCGGACGCGGAGCUCCAGCUGCAGACGUUCACCCCCCUGGUGCAGUACGGCUGCUCCGCGCAGCUCCAGUUCUUCCUGUGCGCCGUCCACUUCCCGCUGUGCGCCGAGGCCGUGCCGGAGCCGAUCGGGCCGUGCGCCGGCAUGUGCCGAGCGGUGCGCCGCCGCUGCGAGCCCGUGCUCGUCGACUUCCAGUACGCGUGGCCGCCGGCGCUGGCCUGCGACCGCUUCCCCACGCACAACGAGCCCGAGCACAUGUGCAUGGAGGGCCCCGCCGAGGAGGAGGACGUGGAGGGGGGGGAGCAGCGGGGCGACGGCGCCGGCAAGGACGGGACCGCGGGGGCCAAGGGGAACGGCGCCGGCAGGUCGCCCGGCGGCCUGGACUCGGACUCAAGCUGCCACUCGGCUGGGGGCCUGCUGCACCCCGACCGCUUCGUGUUCGUGCAGCGCCUGGGCGCGUGCGUCCCCCGCUGCGCUCCGGCCACGCCGGGUCCCCGCGCCGCCUUCCUCGAAGCGUGGAUGGGCGCGUGGGCCGCGGCGGCGCUGCUCGCGUCCGUCGCGGUUGCCGCCACCUUCCUCAUGGAGCCGGCGCGCUUCCCCUACCCGGAGCGGCCCGUGGGCUUCUUCGCGGCGAGCCACGCGGUGCACGCGGCGGCCUACGUGGCGAGGCUCGCGCUCGGCCACGAGCGGGUGGCGUGCGACGCCGCGGGGAGCGACCUCUUCAUCACGCAGGACGGCCUCAGUAACUCGGCGUGUGCGGGCCUCUUCCUCGCCAUCUUCUACUCCUCCAUGACUGGAGCAGCUUGGUGGACGAUAACAGGCCUCUCCUGGUUCCUGUCGGCGGGCCUCAAGUGGGGCCCCGAGGCCGUGGCUCAGCGAGCCGCGCUCUUCCACGCGGCGGCCUGGGCCCUGCCAGCGCUGCAGGCCGCAGGAGUGCUGGCAGCGCGCGCCGUGCGGGCCGAUGCCCUCACCGGCACCUGCCGGGUCCGCACGGACAGCCUCGGGGUCCUCGCCGGCCUGGUGUUGGCACCGCUGGCCCUGUACCUCAUUGCGGGCGCCGUCUUCAUGGGCGCCAGCAUCGUGUCGCUGACGCGCAUCCGCGCCGAGCUGCGGCGCGACGGGCGCAAGCAGGAGAAGCACGAGCGCCUCACGGGCAAGCUGAGCGCCUUCGCCGUGCUCUCGGGCGCGCUGCAGGCCGCCUGGCUCGCCUGCCUCGCCCGCGACCUGCUGCUGCCCCCGGGCGACCUCCACUUCGGUGGCGCGGAGGGGGAGGAGGAGGACGAGGAGGAGCGGGAAGAGGUGGUGGCGGCCGUGGCGCUGGCGUGCCUGCGAAUCGCGGCGUCGCUCUUGCCGGCCGUCGUCUCUGUGCUGUGGGUGUCGUCGGGCAAGACGGCGCGCGCGUGGGGACGCUGCCUGGCGGCCGCCGCCGCCAUCCCGCAGGGCCGCGGCGGGAGGGGCCUAGCGGCGAGGGACGGGUGGGUGAAGCCCGGCGCGGGGGAGACCGCCGUGUGAUGCCCGCCCGCCCGCCCGCUCGUCCGCUAGGACGGUCCCGCCAGAGCGAGAGGAUGUGCCGCGACGAAGCGCGGGUGACGCGGCGACCCGCUCGGUCGCCCUUCAAGCUUUGCACUGAUUCCGGACG